CGGUUCAGAGGAUCUACAAUUACAGAUAGACAUAGAGACCGAUUGCAGCGCUGCAAUUGGACGUUUGGAACGGAUUCGUGGUAAGCCCAGAGCCCUUGGCAAAUAUACCGUUUGAUCUCUCCUUUCCCUUCAUCUAUUUCGCUCCAUGAAGCAGCAACAUAUAUGCUGCUUCCCCGGUUUGCGAAAAUGUAGAUCCAACGUUUCUUUCUACCAGCGUUUCUCACCUCCAACUGCCCAUCGAUCGUCAAGAUGCGUCUCAGCUCGGUUCUCGUGCAAGUUCUCUCCCUCACUGGCUUGGCCUCCGCCGUAGCGCUUGGAAAGAGGCAGUCGACUACCCAGGUCUACAAAUUCUCUUCACCAAAGAGCGCCGAAGGCAUCGCAGCCCGCUCGAAUGGCAAUCUGCUCGUUUCCUUCUUCGACAAGGGCGAGAUGUGGGAAAUCGACACUGCCAAGAAGACUGCCGCUAAGAUCGCAACGUUUACCGAUACGACAUGCUCUGCAGCCAUAGCGGAGGUCGCCCCUGAUGUUUUCGCCGUGGUGGCAGGGCAAUACGCGCAAGCGGGUGGUAACAAGCCGGGAUCGUGGGGUAUCUGGAAGGUGGACUUCACAAGCGGUUCCCCAGUUACGUCGCUCUUGAAGAAGGUUCCGGAGUCCGGCUUCUGGAAUGGCUUGACUGCGUUCAGCAACGACACUAUCUUGAUUGGAGACGCGAGCAAGGGUGCAGUCUGGAGAAUGAAUAUCAACACUGGCGAGUACAGCAUUGCUAUCCAGGAUGCCUCUAUGGCGCCGUCUUCGGGCAUGCCGAUGGGCAUCGACGGCGUCCGCUACGCUAAUGGCAGCAUCUACUACACCAACAUCUUCGCCAACAGACUCUACAAAGUCGCCGUCGACUCAACCGGCAAGGCCACCGGAACCCCGACCGCCAUCUGGACCAACCAGAUGGCCGACGACAUGGCGGUUGGUCCGGAUGGCUCUGUCUACGUUGCAGCUUCCAACGGAAUCAAGAAGGUGACGAGCAGCGGGGAAGUGAGCAAUGCGGUCACGGUCCAAAGCGCAACAUCGUGCACUUUUGGCAAGACCGAGGCGGACAAGAACACGCUUUAUAUUGCUGGAAGCAACGGUGUGAUUUCCUCCGUUAAGGUUUAAGCGUGUUCGCCAUACGG